GGAGGGAGGUGUCCCUUCCCUCCCACUCACCUCCAGUGGAUCACCCAGUGGGCAUGACUGGGGUGCCCGUCAAAGAGGUCUGCUCCUUUUGAGGGCAGGGAAGGGCAGAGCAAACAGUGUGGCCUUAUGCUGUCCACUUGUGUGAUCGUCAGUGUCCUCUUACCUGCCUCUUGUAACAUCCCUUCUCCCUGGCUCCCGCCCUCCUCAGGUAUAGUUCCUUCAAGCCUCCAGGAUGGCAAUCCAAUUCCGCUCAUUCUUCCCUUUGGCGCUGCCUGGAGUGCUGGUGCUCCUCGGCUGGUGGUGGUUUUUCUCUCGUAAGAAAGAGCCUGUCAGCAGCCAUGACAAGCAGGUGGAGGCUGAUGCUGUGGAGCUGAGGGCCGACCCUGCCAGUGAGAAACCACUCCCCAUGGAAGAUGCCAGUCCCAGCAUAGUGUCCACGCCCCCCAGUGUCACACAGCUGCCAGAAAAGGAACUGUCCACUGCGAGCAAGCCUUCUGCCCAGCCCCCUGCCUUGCCGAGGACACACCCCGCCCAUCGCAGAUCAGAGUCCUCGGGUAACCUUCCAAACACUACAGAUACAAGACCUCUACCAGGAAUGCCCAAAGAUGAUAGCACAAAGCUGGAGCUAGCCCUGAUGGGUGAUGAAGCCAAAUCUAUUUCUCUACAGGGCCCUGUUCCAUCUCCCAAGGGUGUGUUGUUCCCCCACGAAGCAGUGGAGGCAUGUAAGCGAGAGUCCAUGUUCAGCAGGACACCAGGGAGCGGCCGAACAGGCCAGUCUGCGUCCCCUGCAGAGAAGCACAGUCCUGGGGAGAAGGCAAGAGAGACAGAUGGGGCCGAAGGGACUGGCGACGCUGUGUUGGGGGAAAACGUGCUCGAAGAAGGUCGGCUGUCCCAGGAGCAUGUCUCGGUGUUGGAGAGCAGCAAGGCCCCCAGCCUGGCGCCCUUGGGAGGAGGGGGAGAGGAUGGGGAGAGUAGCCCGGCCCAGGUAGCUGGGCCCACGCAGAAGGAAGAGUACAUAGCAGGCAAGUUGCUAAGCAGCUUCAUCGAGUCGGCUCAUACACAAGUGGCUAAGGGUGACGAGACACUGGCGCCCCAGGUCACAGAUGGCAAAGCCUGGGACAGAUAUCCCUCAGGGGAGCUGGGCAAAGAGGAGACCUUGGAUAGAAAUGAGAAGAUUGAGCAAGCUGCCUUCCAGAUAAUCUCCCAAGUGAUCUUGGAAGCAACCGAAGAGGUGCUGGCCACUAUGGUGGGCAAGAUUUCAGGUCCAAUGUAUCAGGCCUCGGCUGGUCAGCUGCAAGGUCAGAAGGAGGAGAGCUGUGUCCCGGUCAGCCAGAAAACUGUCCUGGGGCCAGAUGCCAUGGAGCCUGCUCCAGCCAAGGUAGAGGCAGCUGCCAGCCCGAUAGACACUGCCCUGUCCUCGCCAAGCCUGCCAGCAGAGGACCUGCCACCAAAGACCUAUGUGAGCUGCCUGAACAGCCCUCUGUCCAGCCCCACCAAGGACAGCAAACCAAAGAACUCCGCACACCAUAUCUCCCUGGCCUCCUGCCCACCACCACCCGCCACCCUCGGAGAGUCGCUGGAUGAGGCAAGCAUCCUGGGAGAAGAUGCCACCUGUGUCACCUGCAUGUCAGACAACAGCCAAGGUGUCUCUUCAGUGGCUUCCUUGGGACAGUGCUCAGAUUCCCUCAGCACUUCAGGGAUUGAAGACUCUUGCACAGAGACCAGCUCAAGCCCCAGGGACAAGGCCAUCACCCCACCACUGCCAGAAAGUACUGUGCCCUUCAGCAAUGGGGUGCUGAAGGGGGAGUUGUCAGAUUUGGGGGCUGAGGAUGGAUGGACCAUGGAUGCAGAAGCAGAUCAUUCGGGAGGUUCCGAUGGGAACAGCAUGGAUUCAGUGGAUAGCUGUUGUGGCCUCAGGAAGAGUGACGGUUUCCAAAAUGCCCAGGCGGGCUCCAACCCUAAGAAGGUCGACCUCAUCAUCUGGGAAAUUGAGGUGCCAAAGCACUUGGUCGGUCGGCUGAUUGGCAAGCAGGGGCGGUAUGUGAGUUUUCUGAAGCAAACAUCUGGUGCCAAGAUCUACAUCUCCACCCUGCCUUACACCCAGAACGUCCAGAUCUGCCACAUAGAAGGCUCUCAGCAUCAUGUAGACAAAGCACUGAACUUGAUUGGGAAGAAGUUUAAGGAACUGAACCUCACCAAUAUCUAUGCUCCCCCGUUGCCUUCGCUGGCGCUGCCUUCUCUACCAAUGACAUCCUGGCUCAUGCUGCCCGAUGGCAUCACUGUGGAGGUCAUCGUGGUCAACCAGGUCAACGCCGGGCACCUGUUUGUGCAGCAGCACACGCACCCUACCUUCCAUGCGCUGCGCAGCCUGGACCAGCAGAUGUAUCUCUGCUACUCUCAACCUGGAAUCCCCACCUUGCCCACCCCGGUGGAAAUAACAGUCAUCUGCGCUGCCCCCGGGGUGGAUGGGGCCUGGUGGCGAGCCCAAGUGGUUGCCUCCUACGAGGAGACCAACGAAGUUGAGAUUCGCUAUGUGGACUACGGUGGAUAUAAGAGGGUGAAGGUAGACAUGCUCCGGCAAAUCAGGUCUGACUUCGUGACCUUGCCAUUCCAGGGAGCAGAAGUGCUUCUGGACAGCGUGAUGCCCCUGUCAGAUGACGAGCACUUCUCACCUGAGGCGGAUGCAGCGAUGCGCGAGAUGACGGGGAACACAGCACUGCUUGCUCAGGUGACAAGUUACAGUCCAGCUGGCCUUCCUCUGAUUCAGCUGUGGAGUGUGGUUGGAGAUGAAGUGGUGUUGAUAAACCGGUCACUGGUGGAGCGAGGCCUCGCUCAGUGGGUGGACAGCUACUACGCAAGCCUUUGACCCCGGCCCCCACCGCCACUUCUUGAGUCUUUUUUGCACUGUUGAAAUUGGGCUUGGCACUCAAGGCAAAGAUAUAACAUCAGAACCACAAACGGUGUCCUCUCCAGAAAGUCCUUUUUUCCCCCAUUCUCUAGUCCUAUUGAGAAGAUGAUUUGUUUCAGAAAAAAGUAUGGAGUUGUGGGUUCUUGUCAAAGCCAUAGCAUGGUGUUUAACAAGCCAGCGAGCAUAACCUGGUCACAAGCUGUUUAAAAAAAAAAAUUGAAAAACACUCUCAACCAGGGUGUCCUACUCCCUCUCUGUUCCAUUCUCUGUUUCUUCCUUCCCAUCUCCUCCUCCACCAAAAACCAAACUGUAGCAGAGACAGGCCAAGGGAAGUGUGUUGCUUGCUUGAGAGGGUUCUUUUACUUCCACGUCUUUCUUUAGGGAGCAAGACACGAACCAGUUGGUAUCAGUUACCUGUACAGCUUACAUACAUGAACUGGGGACAUUUAACCGGUUUUUAUAAACUUCAUCUAGGUCUCUAGGAACACAGACUUUUUUUUAAUACAGAUGUAAAUAUGAAGUGAUUGUCACGCCUCUGGCUUUGGUCAGUGGGAAGGGAAAUGUCACCCUGCCAAGCCUGGUUGUAAUUUGUGACCAUUUUCUAUUUGUGCAAACUUUGUAAAUACAUGUUUAAAAAAUGUAAUAUUUUGUACAAGAUACACUGGAGAACAAAGGGAACUCAAGAAUUUUCCACACCACAUGUCAUCUGUAAGUAGGAAUGAAUUCUGCAGAGUGCAGCUGCUGAUCUGGGCUCCUCUUCGCUGGGGCUUCCGUGGCUUCCUGCGUACUGGACAGAGUGGCUCUGUGGUAUAGACUGUGAUCUGGGGAUUUUUUGCUGUACAAAUUUGUUUUUUUUUAAAAAAAAAACCUCAUUGAAUUACCUUGUAGUGGUGUGUUUGAUUCCUUUUUAGACUGGCUUCAGCAUUGUGCAAUUUAAAAAUAAGUAACUUAAGUAACUUAAACUUAUAUAAAUCCUGAAUUGUAUAAACUUUA